CGACUUUCCAGCAGUUUGUUGUAUCUAUGAAUUACUGCGGCGUACUUGAGCUGUGUUACCGUUCUCCUUUGUAAAGUGCUAGAGACUUAAAAUGAGUGGCCCAAAAGAUGUGCUGUUUCCACAAUGAGAGGCACGUGUCGCCUCGCUACUCUCACGUGAAGAUCCACGUGCCAUUACUCUGAGCUUUACCCGUUUUCUCGUGGUCCUCUCUCCUAUAAAUUGAGACCCUGUAUCUCACAUCCUAGACACACAGUAAUCACCAAUUCCUCACAAUUCACCGCAAGCGCCAACUUUUUCUAUCUAUUUUCAAACCACAUCAACUUCUUUCCAUUUCUUUCUUUCUUAUUUUGAGUUGUGCUCUCAAAUACAUACAUACAUGCAUACAGAACAUACCCCUCACAGACUUCCACAUAGAGAUUUUUCUCCCUUUAAAAAAGAGAAAGAAAAAUAAUGUUUGGCAAGAAUCGAAGAAAGUGAGAGAGAGCAAGAAUCUUCAUCUUUCUGCAUGUUGCGUACAGAAUCUUUAAAGCCAAAUCCUGCUUACGUUAACCCACGACGCUGUUCCAAGAUUUUGUUCUUUUCUCUGGAACUUCCCAACAUUCUUCUUCCUCUCCCUCACCCACCAUCACCACCACAACCCCACAAUCCAAUAACUCAUCAUCAUCAUCGUACACUAUACAUGACAUGCAUGUAUCUUCAUUAAUUGCUCAGUGAAACCACACGUACACCGGCUAGUAGCUACCUAGCCUGUGGGGUACUUUUCUAAUUAAUUAUUAUACUGUUCAACUAAUGGCCGUCAACAACAACAACAAGCUUCUUCUGAUAACAUUCGCCAUAUGCCGUCUGAUAGUAACGGUGGGAUUAACGGUGCUCCCGGAGCUGCUCGAUGUGGGACUCGAGGGUCGACUGAGCGUGGAUACGUGGGAGCUGGAAGCGGCUUCGGUGGACUUCGGGAGGCUGAGCAGAGGGGUGCCUUCAGAGGUGGUGCACCCUGCGACGGCGGAGGAUGUGGCGAGGGUGGUGAAGGCGGCGUUCGAGUCGGCGUUGGCGGUGUCGGCGAGGGGACAUGGACAUUCGAUAAACGGGCAAGCGCUGAUAAGAGAGAAGAAAGGGGUGGUGAUUGAAAUGGGAAAGGGUGGUAGCGGUGUUAGAGUGUGUGAGAAAGGAAUGUAUGUGGACGUGUGGGGUGGAGAGUUGUGGAUAGAGGUUUUGAGUGCAACAUUGGAGUAUGGGCUGGCUCCCAUGUCUUGGACCGAUUACUUGUAUUUGUCUGUGGGUGGAACCCUAUCCAACGCAGGAAUUAGUGGACAAACCUUCAAUCACGGUCCUCAAAUCACCAAUGUUUAUGAGCUCGAUGUCGUCACAGGAAAGGGUGAGCUGGUGACAUGUUCAGAAGAUCGUAACUCGGAGUUGUUCCAUGCUGUUCUUGGCGGUCUUGGACAAUUUGGAAUCAUCACAAGGGCUCGAAUUGCUCUCGAACCAGCUCCUCGCAGAGUUCGGUGGAUUAGAGUUUUGUAUUCGAAUUUUGGAAGGUUUUGUGAGGAUCAGGAGUAUCUGAUUUCUCUGCAUGGGAAACCAGGGAGGGAGAGAUUCGAUUAUGUGGAGGGUUUCGUGAUAGUUGAUGAAGGGCUGAUAAAUAAUUGGAGAUCUUCGUUUUUUUCACCAAGUAACCCUGUUAAUAUCACUUCCCUCAACGCCGAUGGAGGUGUUUUGUACUGCUUGGAGAUUACAAAAAACUACGACCAAGAAAACGCAGAUUCUGUUGACGAGGAAAUACAGGGUCUAUUGAAAAAGUUGCAUUUUAUAUCAACAUCUGUGUUCACAUCAGACUUGCCUUACGUAGAUUUUCUGGAUCGUGUACAUAAGGCAGAGUUGAAGCUUAGAUCCAAGGGUUUAUGGGAUGUUCCUCAUCCAUGGCUCAAUCUUUUUGUUCCUAAAUCAAGGAUAAAGGACUUCGACAAGGGUGUGUUCAAGGGCAUUCUCGGAAAUAAGACAAGUGGACCUAUCCUCAUCUACCCUAUGAACAAAAGCAAGUGGGACCCUAGGAGCUCGGUGGUGACACCAGAAGAAGAUGUGUUUUACCUGGUGGCAUUUCUGAGAUCAGCAUUGGAUACUGAGACACUGGAGUACCUGACUAAUCAGAAUCGUCAGAUUCUGAGAUUCUGCCAUGGUUCGGAGAUCAAGGUGAAACAGUACCUGCCCCAUUACACUACGCAGCAGGAGUGGAUGGACCACUUUGGCGAUAAGUGGACCCAAUUCAAUGCCAGGAAGAUGCAAUUCGAUCCUCGCAGAAUCUUAGCCACAGGGCAGCAAAUUUUUCAAUUUCAUCCAUCCAAGGAGGAUGAUAUGUAAUGUAAUUUUUACUUUAGUUAGCUAGAAACAUGCAAAACAUUUUCUCUUUAACAGAUAAAUAAGGAAAUCCAGUGAUGUGGUUCAAGUUGGAGUUUAUCUGAAUGGUCUUAGGAGUGGUGGGACGUGCCAAGGGGAUGAAAAGGGCAAUGUGCAUGUGCACAUGAGAUGUCGCUAUGCAGUGCCCGUGAUCCCGACCGCCCGUCUGCUUUGGCUGUCUCGUCCAUAAUCACGCAGCUGUUCCACUUCCACUCCUUCUUUCUCAAUCUUUUUUCCAUUUUUACUCUCAUUUUUCUCCUUAUCUGUGAAUAAUGCCAAUAGGUUAAGAGUUUAAUA